UGGAUGGAUGGAUGGGUGAUGGAUGGAGAGGAACACAGAGAGACUGACACUGACAGAUGUCCCCCUGUUCCGGCAGUGGGACCUGGUCUGUGGCUACCGGCAGCUGCGGCAGAUGGCCCAGUCCAUCUACAUGGCCGGGGUCCUGGUGGGUGCCCUGGUCCUGGGGGGCCUCUCAGACAGGUUUGGGCGCAAGGCCAUGUUGAUGUGGUCCUACCUGCAGCUGGGGGUGAUGGGGACGUGCACGGCCUUCGCCCCCAACUACGCCUCCUACUGCGUCUUCCGCUUCGCCGGCGGCAUGGCACUGUCCGGCUUCGGCCUCAGCAUCGCCUGCCUGGUGGUGGAGUGGAUCCCCACGCCGUACCGCGCCAUCACCGUGGCCAUCACCGGCUUCGCCUACACCCUGGGCCAGAUCAUCCUGGCCGGGGUGGCCUACGCCGUCCCCCACUGGCGCUGGCUCCAGCUCUCCGUGUCCCUGCCCUUCUUCGUCUUCCUCCUCUACUCCUGGUGGUUGGCGGAGUCGGCGCGGUGGUUGGUGCUCUCGGGCAAGGCCGACCGGGCGGUGAAGGUCCUGCAGCGCGUGGCCACCUUCAACAACCGGAAGGAGGAGGGGGAGAAGAUCACGGUGGAGAUGUUGAAGUCCAACAUGAAGGAGGAGCUGGCGGCUCUGAAAUCCUCCUACACCGUCUCUGACCUGGUCCGGACCCCCGUGAUCCGUCACAUCUUCUUCUGCCUCUCCAUUGUCUGGUGGGGCUGGGGGCGAGGA